UCUAAGAUAUUAAUAUAACUUCAUGAGAUACAUGGUUAUAGAUAAAUUAUGCUGUGCUCUAUAGAAUAUAUGACAUAUAUAUAUAUAUAUUGUAGUCUAUUAUGCUGCUAUUAGUAUUAUCUUUUAAGCUCCAUUACAAACUUUACAUUAUGGUAGCAGUCUGUAGUUUUGUGUAAGUUCUGUAUAGUAUUCAGAACAGGCCAUUGCAGCAGGCUGUUGGAUGUUACUUAAAUUACCUGAAAUUUGGAGUGUGGCCCUGGACCAGGUUCUAGGAUUCACACUCUCGGGGGGAUUACUGAACAAAAUGUGUUUUCCAUUGGGAUGAAGGGAUAUUUCCCUCCUUUCUGAGAUGGAAUGCAGCGUGUUAGUGGCAUUUUCCCCAGGUUACCCUGCUUUGGAGGAGAAAAUGCAUGGAAGCAUUGAUUGAUGCAGAACAUCACCCCACAGAUACAGCUGGCCUUCUCUGACCAUCUGGUGGGGUAAAAGCUGCGUGGGGAUCUCCACAGCUGCAGGAUUUGCUGUCCCCACUCACGUGGGCUCCUUGGUCUGUGCUUGUGGCACCUGUUUUCCUGUCCAGCAUUUCCUUGGAUGAUGGUGCUCUGUUUUCUGAGCAGAGCCCUGCCACGAGUGAGGCAAUCACCCAGCCCCCUGGGGAGACAACUCUGCUCAGCCAGCAGGAAUAAGCCGGUGUUGACUUUAUUCACCAAGAAACCAUGCCCUCUGUGUGAUGAAGCAAAAGAAGUUCUUGAGCCAUACAAGAAAAGGUUUAUUCUGCAGGAGGUGGAUAUUACCCUUCCAGAGAACUCAGGGUGGUAUGAUAAAUACAAAUAUGACAUACCCGUUUUUCACUUCAAUGGGAAGUUCCUAAUGAAGCAUCGGGUCGACAUCCAGAAGUUUGAGGACCGACUGAGGAAGCUGGAGUUGCAAAGUGAGGGAAGCCAGUGAAGAAAAUGCUGCUGCUCUGAUGCAGAUCUCAAAGGUGAAAAGAUCUGUGAGAAAAAAAACCAAAAAACAUCUUCAUUACCUGGCCUUAAAUGUCUUAGGACAUAUGAGCAGGAAAGACUUGAGUGACUUGUGUUCUAUUUUGUAUCAAUCACCCAGCCCAGCUGCACCACCUCUUCUGUGCCAUUUCAUUUGCUGCUCUGUUUUGGGCUGUUUUUUCACUGACAGAAUAAAAGCUGCUCUGUAACAGCA